GAGAGAGAGAGCACGAGAGAGAGGGCGCGAGAGAGAGAGCACGAGAGAGAGGGCGCGAGAGAGAGAGCACGAGAGAGAGGGCGCGAGAGAGCUCUUUGGAUGACUUUUGUUGACUUGCCAUAACUUAAAAAGAUUCUGUCUCCUCUCUAAUUUUCCUGAGUCUAGUUUUGUUCUGUUUCAGAUACAAUCCUAGUAAGCUAGAAUUUAAGUUUUUGACUGCUGAAAAUCAAGAUAAUCGAAGGUCUGUCUGAGAAGUAGAGAAAAUGAAGAGAGCUGGCGUUUAUGGCGGGCUUGUCUUCCUCCUCCUCAUCAUGACUACUGUGGAGGGUGAAGGAGAUGUGUCAUUCUGGAGAACUACAGUCACAAUGACCUGUCCUGCUAAAGGACUAUGGUAUGAAGGCACUGUCCAAAUGGAGCAGGAUGAACGUGAAAAAAUCACAAAGGAUUAUGAUGAAAACAAAAGAGUUUACUACUGUGUAUAUGGGAACGAAAAAACAAACUAUCAGUUUUACAUUAAAGGAAAGGUGUGUAAGGACUGCUAUGAGCUGAAUCCGACUCUGGUUGCCGGGGCCAUCAUUGGGGACCUGCUGGUGACAGGAGGGGUCAUCCUCAUUGUGUAUCUCAGGGCUCGGAAGAAGUCUGGACCUGCUGCACCCCAAAAACCCACUUCCCGCUCAGCAGGCCGUGGCCCACCAGUGGUGCCAAGUCCUGACUAUGAGCCCCUUAGUGUGGCAACCCGCAGCAGAGAUAUCUACGCUACCCACAGGACUGGGUAGACUGUCCUCUCACCAGACCACACCUGUUCUCUAGGACCCCUCUGAUGCCCGGACCAGCAGGCCUCAGCUCACCCUGCCAUCAAAGAGGAGGGGAGAAGGCUCUGUAGUGCUUAACUUAGACUUAAAUGUGCUUUUUAUUUUUGCUUUAUGUGUAAAAUGUGUGAUAUUAUGAUUCAGUUAAAACUGUAGUUUAGAAUUACUGUAACUGGUGAUAAUAGUGAUCAAUGUAGUGUUGCUCUGGAAAAUAGAGAUAUAAAGAUAGGGAGAUCUUUGUAAAGACUUUUAGAUGUUUGCUGUACUGAAAACAACAAGUACAUAGCUGUGUUGAUCAACUGUUGUAAAAUGGUAUUAAUGUUUGCAGAUGCCAGCCAAGUUGUUCCUCUUCACAAUGUUAUAGCUGCCUGUAUAUACACUGAGUGUACAAAACAUUAGGAAUGCCUUCCUAAAAUUGAGCUGCACCUCCUUUUGCCCUCAUAACAGCUUCAAUUCAUUGAGGCUUGGACUCUUCAAGAUGUUGAAAAAGUUCCACAGGGAUGCUGGCCCAUGUAGACUCCAAUGCUUGCCACAGUUCUGUCAAGUUGGUGGGAUGUCCUUCGGGUGGUGGACCAUUCUUGAUACACACAGGAAACUGUUGAGCGUGAAAAACCCAGCAGUGUUACAGUUCUUGACAUACUCAAACCGGUGCUCCUGGCACCUGUUACCAUUACCCGUUCAAAGGCCCUUCAAUAUUUUGUCUUGCCCAUUCACCCUCUGAAUGGCACAGAUACACAAUUCAUGACUCAAUCCAUGUCAAGGCUUAAAAAUCCUUCUUUAACCUGUCUCCCUUCUUCUACACUGAUUGAAGUGGAUCACCCAAGUGACUUCAGUAAGGGAUCAUAGCUUUCACCUGGAUUCACCUGGUCAGUCUAUGCCAUGGAAAGAGCAGGUGUUCUUAAUGUUUUGUGCACCUAGUGUAUUAGCACAUGUACGUUAUAUUUUGCAUUGAUUCUAUCUACUUCACUGUGACACAAAGGAAAUGUUUGUUUUAUGAAGUGUAGUGCCAUGCGACUAAAGAGUCUAGCUAGUUUGUGGUUCUCUAUCUUCAGUUGUCAGCUCUCAUGGUCUAAGCCACAGAUGCCUGCACCCCUUACGCUUACAGUAAAUGAUGGUGGAUGAUUGGCCAGGUCUCUCUGUUGCUAAUCAUGAUGAUCUCACCGGAAACAUUUCACAUAUGACUGUAGGCAGACUUUACUUACCCGCAUCAGUGGAAAGAAAAUGUAUUUUUUUGCCUUACUCAAACUUUCUAUAGCUAGAAUGAAGUGGAAAUCAUGUCUAUUUGAUGUAUUUUUUUCUCUCUUUUGACAAGAGUAAAGCCCUUCUUACAACA